CAAAGUUCUUAAGAGUUGGCGGAAGUGUAAAGCGGCUUGUGUGCAGCAGGAGAAAUGGCGGACGAGGUGUCUCUCUUCAUGUCAAUUGGUCUUAGUGAGCAGAAAGCGAAGGAAACGUUGAAAAAUGAAGCACUCUCCUCAACUCUCAAGAAAGCUAUCGAUGAGGCUCAAGGACUGCUGGGGUCCGCUGGCAUUGAUAAGUCUACAGGCACUCUGCUGUACAGUAUGGUGACUCGACUGAAAAACGUGAAUCGACUGUUUUUCCUCACAGAAUACAUUAUCACACGAAAAAUUACCACAGAUCUGCAGCUGACAGCGGCAUUGGACUUUGUAAAGAGCCAUCCUCAGGACCCAGUGAACCAAAGUGAGUUUGAGACGGCCUGUGGCGUCGGGGUGGAGGUCACACCUGAGCAGAUCGAGGAUGCGGUGGAGCGUAUUAUCAAGAAAUACAAGGAACAGCUUCUGGCUGAAAGAUAUCUCUUCAACAUGGGCAUACUGAUGGGUGAAGCCAGAGCUGCUCUCAAAUGGGCUGAUGGCAAGAUGGUGAAAAAUGAAGUGGAUGUGCAGGUGUUGCACCAUCUGGGUCCAAAAACUGAAGCAGACCUGGAGAAAAAGACCAAGGCAGCCAAACCCAAAGCAGCGGAGAAAGACAUGGUUGAGCAGGUUUCUGUAGUAAACGGUGAUGGAAAAACAGAGGUAAAGUCUUUGAUGGAGCAGUUGAGAGGAGAAGCACUUAAGUUCCACAAGCCAGGGGAGAAUUACAAGACUGAGGGCUAUGUUAUGACCCCCAACUCAAUGAAUUUACUGAAGCAGCACUUGGAAAUUACUGGAGGACAGGUGCGCACACGUUUCCCUCCUGAACCCAAUGGGAUUCUGCACAUCGGUCAUGCCAAAGCCAUUAACUUCAACUUUGGUUAUGCCAAGGCCAAUAAUGGCAUAUGCUUCUUGCGGUAUGACGACACAAACCCUGAGAAAGAAGAGGAGAAAUACUUCACUGCCAUCAGAGACAUGGUGGAGUGGCUCGGGUACAAGCCAUACGCUGUCACACAUGCCUCUGAUUACUUCCAGCAUCUCUAUGAUCUCGCUGUUGAUCUCAUUCGCAGAGGUCACGCGUACGUGUGCCACCAGCGUGGAGAGGAGCUGAAGGGUCACAACGUCCUUCCCUCACCCUGGAGAGAUCGACCUGUGGAGGAGUCUCUGCUGCUGUUUGAGCGCAUGAGGAAGGGUGUGUUUGCGGAGGGGGAGGCCACGCUCCGGAUGAAGCUUGUCAUGGAGGAUGGUAAAAUGGACCCUGUGGCAUACCGCAUCAAAUACACUCCACACCACAGGACAGGAGACACUUGGUGUGUCUACCCAACGUAUGAUUACACACACUGUCUGUGUGACUCCAUUGAACACAUCACACACUCGCUCUGCACCAAAGAGUUUCAGGCCAGGCGGUCUUCAUAUUUCUGGCUAUGUAAUGCUCUGGAUGUGUACUGCCCCGUGCAGUGGGAAUACGGCAGACUGAACCUCACCUACACUGUUGUCUCCAAGAGGAAGAUCAUCAAACUGGUGGAAACAGGAAUUGUUAGAGAUUGGGAUGAUCCACGACUGUUCACGCUUACUGCUCUCAGGAGGCGUGGCUUUCCUCAACAAGCUAUCAACAAUUUUUGUGCCAGAGUGGGUGUGACUGUAGCCCAAACAACAUUGGAGCCGCACCUUCUGGAGGCGUGUGUUAGAGAGGUGCUUAACGACAUUGCACCUCGUGCUAUGGCCGUGCUCGAGCCCCUCAAAGUCACCAUCAUCAAUCUGCCUGCCAAUGCACAGAAAGUUAGAGUCCCAGACUUCCCUGCUAAUGAGGCCAAGGGUAGCCAUGUGAUUCCCUUCUCCAAAACCAUCUUUAUUGAGCAGAGUGAUUUCAGGGUGGUGAUGGAGAAGGGCUAUAAGCGUCUGACUCCAGAUCAGCCAGUGGGUUUGAGACAUGCAGGAUACGUCAUCACUGUAGAUAGAGUCAUCAAGGAUGGCAGUGGUAAAGUGUUCGAGUUGGAAGUGACUUGUGCCAGCUCUGACUCCGUGGAGAAACCCAAAGCUUUCAUUCACUGGGUGAGCGAGGCGCUGCAGUGUGAAGUGCGCCUGUAUGAACGCCUCUUCCUCCAUAAAAACCCAGAGGACGCAGCUGAAGUUCCCGCUGGCUUCCUGAGCGACAUUAACCCUAAUUCCUUAGCAGUGAUUGAAAGUGCCUUAGUGGAUCGUUCAGUGAGCACGGCCAAAGUGUUUGACAAGUUUCAGUUUGAGAGAGUGGGCUAUUUCUCAGUGGACCCUGAUAGCACUGCUGAAAAGAUGGUUUUCAAUAGGACUGUUACACUCAAGGAGGACCCAGGAAAGAUCUGAUGGGGCCACAUGACUGAAGCUGGAUUGUAAUAGCCAAUAAACAGACAUCAGUUUUUAUGUUUGCUUGAUUAUGCAUAUCACAAAAUAAUUUUCAAUAAAAAUACAUUAACCUGGGAAUUCAAUUGUCUAUCCAUACUAUAAAACCC